AAUGACAUAGACAUGAACAACAACGGCGGCAAGAGGGAGCACGAAGGCUCAUAGGCGGGUACGAUGAUUCGCCGAUCGAUCCGCGAGGAGAGAUUAUCUCCGGGGUUCGACGAGGCCGAAGGGGAGGAAGGGAGAAGCAGCGAGGUGAGAAGGAACGGAGAGGAAAUGGGUCCGAAGAAGCGAUGCAAACAGCAACGGCCGAGCAGGCGAGGCGUCGGCGGUUGUUUGUCAAUGGGAGGACAAGGGGAGGCGCGAGGGGUGAGGCCAGAAAAGUGUUUCGUCAGUCUCGGUGGGUGCAGUGAUGGAGUGAGAUGCGAGGCAAGUUGCUCCAAUGGAGCAAUCAAACGACGAAUAGCGUCUCCGGUGAGGCAUCCGACGACAGUCCAAGCGAAGAAGGGUGGUGCGAUGGGGCUAUUUGCGAUCGGUGGUGACAGGGUAAAAAGGAUUCUUCGUUUGGUGUUUGACAAGUAAAGAAGAAGGAAUCAGUGGGUUUUUGUGGUUGCUUCAUUUGACAGGAAAAAGAAUGAGGGGGAUGAGGAGGGAUGUACAGCCGCGUGUCCUUCUUCUUUGGCUGAAGAUCCAUAAACGGGAAGGAAAAAUAAGAUAUCAUUUUUUUUGGAUAGAUUUCAAUGUACUUUUAUUU